AUGGCUACAGGCGCCGGCAACAUGAUAGCCUACCGUCCUAUACCCGGAAAUAUCAUCAUCGAUACACUGGCCGGCACAAAGUACAUCCUCCAAAAAGUAAUCGGAACUUGUGAUUUCCAUUUCAUCUACAAAGCUUGUUACUACACAGUCGCAUCCACCAUCGAAGGCCGUCUCCUUCCUACAGGAUACACCACCGUCAAGUACAUCCGACCAGGAUAUGAAGUCUAUAAAAGCAAGCGGGCGCAACAAUCGAUGCGUAAUUCGAACAUUAUUCACUUCGAGAGAUGGCGUAUUCAAGACUUCAGACAUGGAUACUGUGUUGCAUUGCCUUAUAUGUCAGAAGGAUCGCUCCGUUACAUUCUGUCAACUCGAUUUCACAACGGAUUACCAGAGGAUUGUAUUGCUAUUGCUCUUAAACAAGCGCUUCUAGGUUUAUUUGAUCUUCAUUUUUCCGAUCGGGUUCACAAGCGUUUCAGUGCUGGGAAUAUCUACGUUAAUUUCAAACCGAGACCUGUUUCGAAUGUCGAAAUCAAAUUGGGAUAUGCAGCAACGAUUUACGAAUCGGAUCUGGAAACUCCUGUCGUUCUGGAACGCGGACCAGAACCUGGCAAUCAACCAUAUCUUAGCCUAAAAGGAAAAAAUCCUGGUGGACCUCCGAUUCUAGAUCUAUCCUUGUUGUCAGAUUGGGCUGCUGCACCGGAGGUAUUCCAUUCAAAAUAUUAUGAUUCUGAUGAUGAGAAUAGAAAUCCAGCUAAAUCGUCAUCUCGAUCUGAAGAUGAUGAUGACUACAGUUUCAAAUCGGAUAUCUGGUUAGUCGGUAUAGCAGCAUUGGAAUUAGCAUAUGGAAAUUUAAGAAUCAGUCAUCGCGAAGAACUGGAGGGUUUGAUUAGGAAGAUAAAGAGGUCGAGAAGAUUGCCAGAUAAGUUGGAACAUCUGCUUGAGGAGUAUCAUGAAGAAGAAAAGAAAGGGAAAAUGAAGAAAGUUACGGGAUAUUUGAAGGACAAGAUGAAGUUAGUGCAAAGUAAAAGAAGUAACAAGUUUUCGAAAGAGUUUGAGGAGUUAGUGUUGGAUUGUCUUUGUAGCAGUGAAUCAAAGAGGCCAUCAGUUGCAGAUCUACUGCAGAGACCAUUUUUUCGGUAUGCUAAGAACUUGAAAUGGUUUCAACGUCGUGUGUUGUAUGCUAAGAAUCGAAUGCCUUAUUGCUGA